GGAUAUAAAUUGAGAGGGACACGGGUCGGCUAUCUCACAAGCAGUCAAGAUGUAUCACAGACAAAAUAUGUCAUUGGCUAUUGCCUUCGUUGCUACCAUUCUCUGUUUCUACAUUAUGGAAAACAUUGUCAAUGGCCAGGUCACCUUCUCAAGAGAUUGGACUCCAGGAAAGCGAGCAGGCUAUAUGGCUGAUAACGAAUGCUCGAUAAAACCCGUCUCCUCUCUCUGUCAAAUGCUACUGAACGAGAUCAGAGUUUUCGCCUCUUGUGAAGCCCGCUCCAUAACUAACUACAUCCAAGAGAAGACAUCUGAUCAAAACCGUAGAUAGAACUUAAUCAAGGAUUUGAAAAGGAAACUACGACUUCAAUUUAGGAAAUCAUAAAAGUAAUCAUAAUUCCGGUACGGUAGUAAGUUACAGUAUGUGAGUAACAAUUUGACAAGCCCAAGUUGUGCUGAGGCAUUGCAUUGACUUGCCAUUCAGUUACUCUAAUUUCGACUAUGUAAAUGUUUCAUUGAAUAAUAUCUUAUUUUGAAGGUAACUAUAGA